AGAGAUCGGCUGUGCACAGAGCCAUGUAAAAUCGCAGCAGCCCACAUCAAAGCUUCCACCUUCGACACGCUUCCGUAAAACCAACAGUUACCUCCACGAACCCCCAAAUCCUCCGAUCCAUGCCCAUUACCAUACCCAAUCUUUUCUCUGCAGAUCCCUUCUUCUUAAUUAUGUAUCCAUUCAAUCCUUAAACCAAUAUCCCAAUUCCCUCUUUUUGUCUAAUGGCAUCCCCUUCGCUCAUGGACACUCUUUUUCAACGCACAUUGGACGAUAUAAUCAAGGGCCUCCGCCACCAGCAGGCUGGAGAGUCCGCUUUCAUUUCCAAAGUGGUCGAAGAAAUCCGGCGCGAGAUCAAAUCGACCGACUUGCACACCAAAUCUAUAGCACUUCAGAAACUUACUUAUCUCAAUUCCAUCUAUUUUAUUGACAUGUCAUGGGCGGCUUUUCAUGCUAUUGAAUGCAUAUCCUCUCCCAAUUUCUCCCACAAGAAGGUUGGUUACCUUGCGAUAUCUAUGUCCUUUAACGAAUCCACAUCUGUUAUUUUGUUGAUCACUAACCAGUUGCGGAAAGAUCUCAAGAGUAAUAAUGAGUUCGAGGUGAGUUUAGCUCUUGAUUGCCUAUCCAGAAUUGGUACUGCUGAUUUAUGCAGGGAUCUUACUCCUGAGGUUUUCACUUUAUUGUCGAGUUCUAAGGUUUUUGUUAGAAAGAAAGCUAUAGGCGUGGUUUUGAGGGUUUUUGGGAAAUACCCAGAUGCGGUUAGGGUGUGUUUUAAGAGACUGGUCGAGUGUUUAGAUGGUACUGAUCCGCAGAUUGUGUCUGCAGUUGUUGGAGUGUUCUGUGAGCUUGCUUCCAAAGAUCCCAGAUCCUAUCUUCCCUUAGCACCCGAGUUUUAUAGGAUUUUAGUUGAUUCAAGGAACAAUUGGGUGUUGAUUAAAGUGUUAAAGAUUUUUGCUAAGUUGGCUCCUUUGGAGCCUAGGUUGGCUAAAAGGGUUGUUGAACCAAUUUGUGAGCAUAUGAGGAGAACUGGGGCGAAAUCAUUGAUGUUUGAGUGUAUCAGGACUGUGGUGACUAGUUUUACUGACUAUGAAUCUGCAGUAAAGCUUUCUGUUGCAAAAAUUCGCGACUUUUUGGUGGAUGAUGAUCCAAACCUUAAGUAUCUUGGAUUGCAUGCGCUGUCAAUUAUAGCACCAAAUCAUCUGUGGGCAGUGUUGGAGAAUAAAGAGGUUGUAAUUAAGUCUCUGAGUGAUGAUGAUCCUAAUGUAAAACUUGAGUCUUUGCGUCUUGUUGUGGCAAUGGUGUCUGAGAGUAAUGUGGUGGAAAUUUGCAGGGUUUUGGUUAAUUAUUCACUCAAAUCUGAUCCUGAGUUCUGCAAUGAGAUUCUUGGUUCAAUUUUAUCAAAGUGUUGCCAGAACGUAUAUGAGAUUAUAGUAGACUUUGAUUGGUAUGUAUCACUGCUUGGGGAAAUGUCUAGGAUUCCACAUUGCCAAAAGGGGGAAGAAAUUGAGAAUCAGCUUAUUGAUAUAGGUAUGAGGGUUAAGGAUGUUAGACCGGAGCUUGUUCGUGUUGGUCGUGAUCUGCUGAUUGAUCCUGCAUUACUUGGGAAUUCUUUCUUGCACAGGAUCUUAUCUGCUGCUGCUUGGGUGUGUGGGGAGUAUGUGGAAUUUUCAAGGAAACCAGUUGAACUUGUGGAAGCACUGCUACAACCUCGUACUAGCCUCUUGCCUCCAUCAAUCAGAACUGUUUACAUUCAGUCUGCUUUUAAAAUCUUAAUAUUUUGUUUACAUUCAUACCUCUUACAAAGGGAAAAUAUUGCUGAUGAUAUGGCAUCAGAGAUGCUGGGUUUAAAAUCUCAAGGUGAAUGCUCAGGAAGUUCUGCUUUAGUAGCAGGCAAAGCACCUGCCCGUCAAGAACAGGAUGAAGGGUUCAAUCCAAGGGAUUCAAAUAAAUCAUAUGAAGAUCUUUCUAUUAUAAAUGAAGGGGAUGUAUCUGCUCUUCUGGAGAAAGGUUUCACACAUGAAUCUAUUGUUAACCUGUUAAACUUAAUUGAACUGGCCUUGGGCCCACUAUCAGGAAGCCCUGAUGUUGAAGUACAGGAGCGAUCUAAGAAUGUGCUUGGAUUUGUUGACCUGAUAAAGCAAGAAAUAUCCAAUGGUUUUGUUUCCGAGAGAGCAUCCAAAAUUAUUGACAUGGUGCAUGAUGCCUUCACCGAGGAGCUUGGGCCAGUCUCAGUAAAUGCUCAAGAGAAAGUUCCUAUUCCUGAUGGAUUAAUGCUUAAGGAGAGUCUUGCUGACUUGGACGCAAUUUGUGGAAAUGUACAGUUACCUUCAUCAAUUUCAUUUUCCAUGGGAAGUCCUUUUGGGGAGAGUGUUGGUGCUUCUGUCUCUAUCCCCCAAAGCAAAGAAGAGUCAGAACCAUCAAGUGAGUCCACUUCUUUGCUUGCAGAACACCGUAAGAGACAUGGGUUGUACUACCUACCGUCAGAGAAGAAUGAAACUUUAGCAAAUGAUUAUCCGCCUGCGAAUGACCCUAAAUCCAGUGAUAACACCAAUGAUGAUGCUCAAGAUCUAGUUAAGCUUGCUGACAAAUCACUUCUCCCAAAGAGAAGGUCAAACCAUGCAAAGCCUAGACCUGUGGUGGUGAAGUUGGAUGAAGGAGAUGUAGUACCAUUCAUUGCCAAGAAAUCAGAUACAAGAGAUGAUUUGCUUUCUGAUGCUGUUCGAGAUAUUCUUUUAGGUGUAGAAAAGCCUGAUCUUGGAAAUCCAAGUUCACGAAGAAGCAAACACCGGAGCCAUGGCAAAGAGAAAAGCAGGAAAAGUCCAGAGAAAAAGAAUUCUGAUGAAAUUGGAGAUGGGGAAAAAGAAAAGCAGAAGAGUAGACAUCGCCAUGGUAGGCAUAAAACAAAACAAAGAGCUGAAGGGCCCUUAAAUGUGGCUGCACAAACACCAGUAAUUCCUGAUUUCCUUCUAUAACAUUGAAAUUAUGCAUCAAUGGUCCUGUGCCAAGAAGUUGGUUAAUUUCAUCCCUGUAUUCUACCAUCUGGACUGCUAAGGUUAGUGGUUUUAUUUUAUUUUAUUUUUUGUAGAUUUGGUACAUUAAUUUUUGGUUUCAUUUUGCAUUUUUGUCUUAACAAUUUUAACUCUGGGAUUUGUUUUACAUGUUUCGCAUUGUGAAAAAGAUCUAGUUAAUGAAAUGUAGUUGUUGAGAUUGACAAUUGCAAAGAAGAAAAGGCGAAAAAAAAGGAAAAAUAGUGACAUUCAAUUCCUGUAGCUAGUUGAAUUCUCACUUUUUUUGAAAUUUGAAAUGAAAGAGAUUUACAAAUCUGGUUGUACUGUGAUGCUGAAUGAUGACGAAACUGAUAUUCAAGUCUUUUGAUUACCAUUA